AUGGUUGACACUUCUUCACUUUUUUUUUUUUUUUUUUUUUUUUUUUUCAUUCUGAGUGCUAAAAGCAACGACUGGUGUGAAGGAAAAAUGUGUGGUUUCCAGAAAGCUCUUUUUUUCACGUUACUCUGUAUUUUUUUAUGUAAGAGGAGUACAUUUUCUUGUAGGAAAAGAUACGCCACUCGACAGUGGAAGUUCAUUAGUGCAUCUACCACUGUUGGGGAUCAUAGCGGAAGUAUUAGCAGAUGUGUCUUUAAGGCCCCUAAGCUGAAGGGGAGGAAAAAAUUGAUUCAGGCUCAGGAUAACUCCAACUUGGAAAAAAUAAAGAAACUCAGAAACGUAGUAAAGGAAAUAAAGAAAGACAACAUAAAGGAGUUUUACAGCGAAGAGAAACAGAAGAGAGAAAAGGAGACCACGGCAUGGAAGGUCAUCCUGUACAACGACGAUAUUCAUAAUUUCACCUACGUAACAGACGUUAUCGUAAAGGUAAUUGGACAGAUAAGCAAGGCAAAGGCACACACAAUCACAGUAGAGGCCCAUAGUACUGGGCAGGCUCUCAUUUUGUCAACUUGGAGAACUCAAGCAGAAAAAUAUUGUGAAGAACUGCAGAAAAACGGCCUUACCGUUUCGAUCAUUCAUGAGAGUCAGCUGAAGGAGAAGAAGAAAGACUCCAACGCCGGAUCGUAA